GAUUGGAAGCAACUAAAUUUGUGAAUAGAGUAAGAAAAGAACGACUUAUAUGGUUGUCGUCUUGCAUAGAUCUAAGCUUAAGAAAAUCUGAGAAAGAGCCACCAAUUGGCACCAAUUCUCUUGUUCGUCCACCAUUUGGAUCUGCAACUGAUACAACCGAGGAACCCCAACUACUUGGAAAUCAUUCUAAAGUUUCAACACCAGGAGGAUCUAACUCAAAAGGAGAUGACUAUAAAGUUGACGUUGGAGAGGAACCAGGUAAAGAUCAGAGUGAAUCUGAGAAAGAGCCACCAAUUGUCACCAAUUCUCCUAUUCGUCCACCAUACGGAUCUGCAACUGAUACGAUCGAGAAACCCCGACAACUUGGAAAUUAUUCUAAAGUUUCAACACCAGGAGGAUCUAACUCAAAAGGAGAUGACUAUAAAGUUGAUGUUGGAGAGGAACCAGGCACCGAGGAGGAUGGACAAACAGAAAGCAAAUAUCAUUUUUCUACAGUUACUGCAAUGGAAUUCUUCAAGAAGGCUAAAUCCGUCCAACUUAAGAGCUGUCACGGCAAAUAUUUAACAGCCGAUCCAGAUGAAGAAUCUGUCAUCCAAGAUUUUCCUACUUGGUCAAAAUCUAUGGUAUGGAAAGUAGAAAUCGUCCAAGGAGUUGAAAAUUUUAUACGUUUCAAGAGCUGUUAUGGGAAAUAUCUCACAGCCUCGGACGUGAUAUUCCUUCAGGGAAUGACUGGACGGAAAGUUGUUCAAACUUCGCCCAGAGAAUUGGAUUCGUCUGUUGAAUGGGAACCCUUUAUGGAUGGAACGAAGGUAAAGCUGAAAGCCAGAUAUAGUAACUUUUUGCGGGCAAAUGGGGGCUUGCCUCCAUGGAGAAAUUCAAUAACUCAUGAUAUUCCUUAUACACAUCAUGAUUGGAUUUGUUGGGAAGUUGAUAUAACUGAGACUCGACCGAAGGGAAAUUCAGGUUCAAAAUCAAUCGAAAUUCUAAAGAGCAUAGUUUAUGGAGGUUUAGUGGAGUCAAUCACAAGCUUAAGUAUAGUGUCAUCUGCAGCGGCUUCUGAAACUGCCACAGUGAACAUUGUGGCUCUUGGGUUGGCAAAUGUGAUAAGUGGAGUAUUCAUUAUUGCUCAUAAUCUGAGGGACAUGAAGAAUGCGUCUCCAGAAUCAGACUCAAAAGAACGAACAGAUAGAUACGAAGAAUUGAUUGGCAGGAAAGAGCACUUCCUACUCCAUCUCACUUUCGCCAUUCUAUCGUUCCUUCUGUUUGGCCUUAUCCCUCCAGGAGUUUACGGCUUGGCAUUCAAGCUGACUGGCAAUAAUGAUUACACAAUUAUAGCAGUUGCAGCAGCUUCAUUUAUAUGCAUAAUUCUUCUUUCAAUUGGAAAGGCUUAUUGUCAAGGGGACCAAAGUUUUGGUGAUUACUUCAAAACAAUUUCGUACUAUGUCGGCAAUGCAGUUGCUGUCUCUGGUGCUGCAUAUGGACUGGGAUAUGGAAUCAAGAUACUCGUUGAGAAGCUUGGCUGGUUUGAGCCAAGUACACCUACACCUACACCUGCCACUUUGUUCAAUACUGGGACCACUCCUUUCAUAGCUUCUUCUUGAUGUCAUGAGAGUCGAGUUGGAGAAGGAACUUGAGGUCGUUUUAGUCUGUCUGUUGUGUGUUUUCUAUAAUAAAUCAUGUUGUUUGUCCGUAUUUCCCUCUCUUUUAGUUGGCUUAGUUUUUUAAUAUGUGAGUAAUGAGUGUCGUAAAUGAAAUUACGUUGGUAUGAAUAAAGUUACAUGGUUUUGUACUCCCUCUCUGCGUAUAUCUAAAACCUAAACCACUCUUUUUGAAGGCCGAAAAUAUAUGGGAACAUCAGUUUAUGCUUUAUGGUUCA